AUGCUUGAAGCCCUCCUUCUGUACUUUAUUUCCCCCCUUACCUAUAUUGUCCCCAUCCUAUUAGCCACAGCCUUCCUCACCCUAGUCGAACGAAAAAUUCUUGGUUAUAUACAACUCCGUAAAGGCCCCAAUAUUGUAGGCCCCUACGGACUACUUCAGCCUAUCGCAGACGGCCUAAAAUUAUUUACCAAAGAACCCAUUUAUCCAUCAGCAUCCUCUCCCCUCCUAUUUCUAAUCACCCCCACAAUAGCCCUCACACUAGCCCUCCUCAUAUGAAUGCCCCUACCUCUCCCCUACUCUGUUAUCAACCUCAACUUAGGCUUGUUAUUUAUCCUAGCAAUCUCAAGUCUGACCGUCUAUACCGUCUUAGGCUCCGGAUGAGCAUCAAAUUCAAAAUAUGCCUUAAUAGGGGCUUUACGAGCUGUUGCACAAACUAUUUCCUAUGAAGUCAGUCUUGGACUAAUCCUCCUAUCAAUAAUUAUCUUCACAGGAGGCUUCACCCUCCAUACUUUUAACUUAGCACAAGAAACAAUCUGACUAAUUAUUCCAGGAUGACCAUUAGCCUUAAUAUGAUAUGUAUCCACCUUAGCAGAGACUAACCGAGUACCAUUUGACCUAACAGAAGGAGAAUCAGAACUAGUUUCAGGCUUUAAUAUUGAGUAUGCAGGAGGCUCCUUCGCCCUAUUCUUUCUUGCUGAAUAUACAAAUAUUCUACUAAUAAAUACCCUUUCAGUAAUCCUUUUCAUAGGCUCCUCCUAUAACCCACUCUUUCCAGAAAUCUCAACCCUCACUCUAAUAAUAAAAGCAACCCUGCUUACCCUACUUUUUCUAUGGAUCCGAGCAUCAUACCCCCGCUUUCGCUAUGAUCAACUUAUACACUUAGUGUGAAAAAACUUCUUACCCCUAACCUUAGCAAUUAUAUUAUGACAUAUCGCCCUUCCCGUAGCCACAACAAGCCUGCCCCCUUUAACCUAA